UGAACUUGUGUAUCUCCCUGGUGGAUGAAUGAUUCAUACUACCCCGAGCUCACACACUGUAACACUAGAGCAAUUGGUCGUGGAGUUGAUGAUUAUGGGAAGCCAUGAGUUUCUUAGUGCCGGAACCACGAAGAAGCCCGGUUCCCGAGCAGUUAAGGCGUAUAUAAAGCCUUAUCUGAACGAGUUUCAGCUCGGCCAACUGUACAGACAGCUUCAUCAUCACUCUUGCAGGUCGAGCCCUACUCGAGUCGCAGGACCCAGCGUUCGCUGAAUCUGAAGCCCCGAUACCAGAACGUCAAUCGUGAAUAUGGCUCCAAAAUACGCCAAAGACCAGCCCGCGGGUUUCACCAACCGCAUCGAGCGUGUUGCCAUCGUCGGAGCUGGCGGUCAUCUCGGGAAAUACUUCGCUCAAGAACUGGUCAAGACUGGUCGCCACACGGUUACGGCCUUGACCCGCGUCGGAAGCAAGAGCCAGCUCGCCGACGGCGUGAGGGCGGUCCCCGUCAAUUACGACCAUGAGAAGAGCCUUGUUAGCGCCCUGCAAGGGCAGCAGUUUCUCAUCAUCACCCUGCCAGCCACCGCCGCUCCGGAGACGCACUCUAAGAUCGUGCAGGCCGCCGCCAAGGCUGGCGUCCCCUACAUCAUGCCAAACUAUUUCGCCGGGGACUUCGCCAACGAAAGGCUCAUGAACGAGGAAAUGCUGGUUGGCAAUCCUGCUAAGACCUUUGCGGAGAUCGAGGCGACGGGCGUCUCGUCGUGGAUCGCCAUGGUCUGCGGCCUGUGGUACGAGUGGAGCUUGGUGCUGGGCCCGAUCUGGCUCGGCUUCGACCACCAGAACAAGAAGAUGACCUUCUAUGACGACGGCACCACCAAGGCCAACCUCACCAGCUUCGAGCAGUGUGGGCGCGCGGUGGCCGCUCUGCUGAGCCUCAAGGAGCUGCCGGACGACGAGGCCGACACCAGCCCGACCGUGAGCAGCUGGCGCAACAAGCCGCUGUACAUCUCCAGCUUCCUGAUCAGCCAGAAGGACAUGUUUGAGAGCUGGAAGCGGGCGACGGGCGAGACGGACGCCGACUGGACGAUCGAGUACGAGCCCGCCCAGGAGCGCUACCAGAGAGGCAUUGCGCAGAUGCGCAGCGCGACGGACCCCUUGUCCAAGCGCAUGGGCGCUGCGACGGCAGCUUUUGUCAGGCUGUUCUUCCGCAGCGGGGACGGCGACUAUGAGAGCACCCGCGGUCUGGCGAACGACGCGCUUGGGCUGCCGAAGGACGACUUGGAUGAGCGGACGGCAGGCGCCAAGAAGAUGCUCGAUGAGGGCUUCGUGCAAUGGGUGUUCUCGACGACUCUCAGCGCCGAGGAUCACAGUGAAUUGGCACGAAAGAAAUGAGCAAAGAUAAUUGAGAGCUAUGUAGUGGUCGGUUUUAGUCAAACACUCGGACUAUUUUGCUGGAACUUUAGUGCCUCAAACAGCACUUGGAUCUGGCGCAUGUGAACAUUCGAU